AACAGCAUGUGUGGGCUCCGACUGGUGUUGCUGCUGGGCGUGCUUCUCUGCAUGGGGGCUCAGGUGGCUCACGCCCAGCACUGGUCCCAUGGGUGGUACCCCGGAGGAAAGAGGGAGCUGGACUCCUUCAGCACAUCAGAGGUUUCAGAGGAGAUAAAGCUGUGUGAGGCAGGGGAGUGCAGCUAUCUGAGACCCCAGAGGAGGGGCAUCCUGAGAAACAUUGUUCUAGAUGCCUUAGCAAGAGAACUCCAGAAGAGAAAGUGACAGUUCUUCAUCUCACUGUGAUCUACUCUGAUUUUCUAUCUGGAACUGAGACGUGAUUCUGUGUUCUCAAAAUCUUGUUUAU